AUGGCUUCUCCCAAGAUCGUUCUUUACACCAACCGUGGCUGCCCUUGGGCGCAUCGCGCCCACAUUGCUCUCAAGGAGUCCGGCCUGCAAUACGAAGAGGUCACUAUUGACCUUACCAAGCCCCGCGAGCCGUGGUAUUUGGAGAUUAACCCGCGCGGCUUGGUCCCCAGUCUCUCGUAUAACGGCAACAUCGUCACUGAGUCCGGCAUUGUUGCGCAAUUCCUUGCCGACGCACACCCCUCGCACCUCCUGCCGGCGUCCGGACCAGCCGAGAAUGCGCUGUACCGCGCGCGCGUGUCGUUCUUCGUCGAUGCGCUCUUCAGCAAGGUUGUCCCGCACUUUUUCGCCAGUGUCAAGUCUGCCUCAGAGGCGGAGCGUGAUGCUGCUGCGGAGCAAUUGGUUGCUGGUGUCGUGAAGGAGGUUGAGCCUCUGCUCGCGGACACUGAGGGCAAGGGUCCUUUCUUCGGAGGCAGCGACAAGCUGACUUUGGCUGAGGUCCAAUCCGGCUCGUUCCUGCUACGCAUUCUCGGCUUCAGCAAGCCUGAGCAUGGCCUGGUUAGCGCCAAGCUGCCUGCGCUGCUGGACCAGCAGGCUCCGCGAUUCAAGCGCUGGGCUGAUGCCACUGUGGCUCAUGAGAGUGUUAACUUUAUUUGGGACGAGAAGGCUGUUGCGGAUCGGAUGCGGGCUAAAUUCGCUCCUAAGCAGUAG